GGUGUGUUUUGUGUUGAGGAUGAAGUGAAGUCAGUGUCAGUGAUGGAGGGAGAUUCUGUCUCUCUAAACACUGAUGUUCAAGUACAGAGAGGUGAUCAGAUAGUGUGGACAUUUGGACCUCAAAACACUCGAAUAGCUGAAAUCAUUAAAAGGGACCAAAUAAACUAUAUAUUUGUCAGUAAUGAUGGGAUAUUCAGAGACAGACUCCAGAUGGAGAAUCACACUGGAUCUCUGACCAUCAGAAACACCAGAUCUGAACACACUGGACUUUAUGAACUGACCGUCAUCAGCAGUAGAAAAACACUGAAGAGAUUCAAUGUUACUGUGUAUGCUCCUCUACCCUUUCCUGUCAUUUCCAGUAACUCUUCAAACUGUUCAUCAUCAUCAUCAUCAUCAUCAGUGUCAUCAGUGUCAAAAUGUGCACUGGUGUGUUUAGCUGUGAAUGUGAGUCAUGUGACUCUCUCCUGGUACAAAGGAAACAGUUUAUUGUCCAGCAUCAGUGUGUCUGAUCUCAGCAUCAGUCUCUCUCUACCUCUGGAGGUGGAAUAUCAGGAUAAAAACACCUACAGCUGUGUGAUCAACAAUCCCAUCAGAAACCAGACCAAACAUCUCAUAGCCAAUGGACUCUGUCACACAUGUGAAGAACAGAGCCAUCAUUCAUAUUUUACUCUGAUAAUAACAGUCUGUGUGUGUCUGUUGGUGUUCAUGUCUGCUGUUAUACUGAUUAACGCUUGCUGCAGGAAAUUCUGUCAAGUGCAGCAAAAAGAACUGACAAUCACAGAAGAGCAAAUCAUGUCAGAAUACACUCAGAUCAUCUACUGUCUUCAGACGGAAGAUCUGCCACAGAUCGCCUUACUGGAUGUGGACAAAAAGUGUCAUUUGUGAACAACAGACAACAGUGAAACUCGAUAUAUAACGAACUGAAUAUCUCAAGAGAAUGGUUGUCUAAAUUCUCAGAGAGAGAGAAGAAAAUCAAGACAAACAACAAUCUUUGUAAGGUGACCUGAGCAUUGGUUGAUCAUUUUACACCUGUAGAGAGUUUAAUGACAUAAUGCUGAAUACAGUUUGAUGGGUGCUUCCCGCCAUUCGUGAUUUUUCUCCAAGCUGAAACCUCAUCAAAAGCUCCAUUGAGUUGCGUGACAGCUGCUCUGCCCUUUAGGACUUUGUUUUUUAUUGUAGAUUCAGUUUGUGUGGUUUGGAAAUAAAGCCCUCCCUUUCCUCGCACAUUUUUUUUCUGUUCAUCAUGAGCCGCAGACCAGAUGGAGAUGUUUGAUGUGUGUG